AUGCAUCCCCGGCGCAGUGCUCAGGAAAUCCUACUGUGUGACCUCUGUGAAACUGUCCCCCUACAGAGUCGAUGUGAAGUUUGUAAUAUAAAUCUAUGUAAGGCCUGUGUUGGGGAGCACCUCUCCGAUUCCACUAAACAACACCAUGUUAUGCCCUUUUUACAAAGAAAGUCUACUCCUAACUACCCGAAAUGUCCGAAACACGCCAAUGACCUCUGUAAACAUUACUGUGAGGACUGUGACAUUCCUGUCUGUAUUACCUGUGUCUCCUCCGGUAAACACAAAGGUCACAAGUUAUCAGAAUUUCUGGAUAAACUCAACUCCAAAACACAAAGUUUGCAAAAAGAUUUAGAGGAACUCGAAACCAGAAUUUACCCGCAAUAUAAAGAAAUGGCGUCCAAUGUCCAAACUGAAAAAGCCGAAAUAGAAACAAAUUACGGGAAAUUGACAACAGCUGCCGAGCAAGAAGGUGAAAUCUUACACCGGGAGAUCACCGUCAUUGUCAAUCAGCGGAAAUCUGCCAUUCAGGAGAUGAAAAACAAACACCUAUCUACCCUGAAUAAAAAUACAGAUAAAAUCACACAGAAAAUGGCGGAACUCAAGCAGAUCAUGUCCGACUUGAGAUCAAUCCUAAAAUCAAAUGAUGUCUCCUUAACCUCUACUUACAAAUCUAGGAAUUCCGAAUUUAGAACAUUACCGCCUAAAGUUCGAGCUACAUUGCCGAGUUUUACUCCUCAGAAAAUAAAAAAAGAUCAGCUCGAUGAAAUGUUUGGUUCCCUGUCGCCAUUAUCCAUUAACACAGAACAUGGCGACACAAUGAAGUCAGCAGAAGCUGUAUCGUCUCCUCCAGUCAAACCACUGCUUGAUGAGCCGCGCCUCACCGCCACCAUAGACACUGGGUAUAGAGAACUAGUCAGUGUUAGCUGUCUCAGUGAAGAUCAAGUCUGGACACGUGGGGAGAACGAAACCAUGAAGCUGCUCAACCUCCAGAGUAAACUACUGACAUCAAUACAAACCAAGUCAGGGAAUGCACCGUGGGGUAUAGCAGUGACGCGGGACGGAGAUCUUGUUUAUACCGACUAUCAUAAUAACACCGUGAACUUAAUUAAGAAUAAAAAGAUACAGACCGUGAUCACACUACAGGGGUGGGAACCUCUCAAUGUCUGUUGUACUGCGGGUAACGACCUACUGGUUACCAUGGACAGUGAUGAUUACAAACAAUCCAAAGUCGUGCGUUACUCCGGCUCCACAGAGAAACAAAGCAUUCAGUUUGAUGAUCAGGGUCGUCCUCUCUAUUCCUCUGGUUACACUAAAUACAUCAGUGAGAAUAGGAACCUGGAUAUCUGUGUGGCUGACAUUGGAGCAGUAGUGGUGGUCAAUCAGUCAGGAAAACUCCGAUUUAGAUACACUGGUCAUCCCUCUAAUACCGAGCAAUCAUUUGAACCAGUCGGCAUCACUACAGACAGCCAGAGUCACAUCCUGAUAGCAGACUGUAACAAUAACGUUAUCCACAUCCUAGAUCAGGACGGACAGUUCCUCCGUUACAUUCACUGUGAUUUACGCCAUCCAUGGGGUUUAUGUGUGGACAUCAGAGACAACCUCUUUGUGGCCGAGUAUUACACUGCUAAAGUGAAGAAAAUCCAAUAUCUAUAAACACAGUGUUAAUUUCACAUGUCUACACAGUGUUAACUACACAGCUCUACAGUGUUAACUACACAGCUCUACAGUGUUAACUACACAGCUCUACAGUGUCAAUUACACAUCUCUACAGCGUUAAUUACAUCUAUCAAAACGUUGUUAAUUACACAUCUCUGCAUUGUUAUUUACAUUAGUGUGUUGAUUACAACUUCUUGCUAAUUACAGUUCCAUGUUAAUUACAGCCCUGUGUUAAUUACAGUCCUGGGUACAUUACAGUCCUAUGUUGAUUACAGUUCCUUGUUAAUUACAGCUUGUGUUUAUAACAGCCCUUUGUUUGUGAUGUGUAAUGUACUUGUGUGUGAGUUUAACUAAUUUGACUGUGUUAAAAGUAUCUCUAUACAAUCUUUUUGUGGACUAGUUUGACUGUGUUACUAGUUAUCUAUCUAUAUACAAUUUGUUGUGCACUAAUUUGACCGUGUUACUAGUUAUCUCUAUACAAUCUUUUGUGGACAGUGUUACUAGUUAUCUAUAUACAAUCUUUUGUGGACUAAUUUGACUGUGCUACUAGUUAUCUAUAUACAAUGUUUGACUGUGUUACUAAUUAUCUAUCUAUAUACAAUGUUUUCUUGACUAAUUUGACUGUGUUACUAAUUAUCUAUCUAUAUACAAACUUUUGUGGACUAAUUUGACUGUGCUACUAGUUAUCUAUAUACAAUCUUUUAUGGACUAAUUUGACUGUGCUACUAGUUAUCUAUAUACAAUCUUUUGUGGACUAAUUUGACUGUGUACUAGUUAUCUCUAUACAAUCUUUUGUGGACUAAUUUGACUGUGUUACUAAUUAUCUAUAUGCAAUCUUUUGUGAACUAAUUUGACUGUGUUACUAAUUAUCUAAAUGCAAUCUUCUGUGGACAAAUUUGACUGUGUUACUAAUACUUGAAUAUUAUUUAGUCUGUUUAUCUUAUCUUUCAAUAUGCAUAUAUGUUUUUGAUGUGUAUAUUAG